AUUUUCGUCUCAUCAGAGGAGAUGCAUACUUUCUCCCUUUGGUGUGAGUGGAGCAAGUAAAGACGAGAACAUAACUGUCACGCUACCUCAGCCAAACCGGAAAGGUGACUUCUGGCCCCAACGUAGGCAAGCAUAGACGGAAAGGGAGGGAGAACCAAAAAGGUGUAAUGCAAACAGGUGUAUCCCUGACAGGUUGAGCUGUUGAGUGCUUCUCGUCACUCCAAAAGGCCAUGUGUGUCACCUACCACAGAAAAAGGACUUAAAUUUGGGACUUUUGAGGGGAAAUAUAAGAAAAUAUGAGUGUUUUAUGCAGCCAGGCGGAUGGUUUGUAGUCCUGACUUUGUGCACAAGUAACAGCAAGUGUUGGGGAGGAUGACAUUCCGGCUGAAAGGACCCUUGUUGCGUCUCCUGGCCCUGUGGAUUUUUGUUGCAGUGGUGCAAGGAGGAUUUGUCCAACAGCCCCCCAACAAUGCUAUACGCUCGCUGGCCGAGGAGGAGACGGUCCUGCCCUGCCGCUACCAACCCGGCGACAACGUGGUAGUGCAGGUCACAUGGUACAAGGAGCUCCCGGAUGGCGACAAGGAGCAGAUCAUCACCGCUCAUCACAGUAACGGCCAGACAGCAUUUGGGUCUUGGUCUCGGCGUGUGCGAUUCAAAAGCAGCGACCCCACGAUGGACUCGUCUCUGGUGGUCAUGAGCACAGAUGUCUCAGACGAGGGGACGUACAUCUGUCACAUCAGCACCUUCCCCUUGGGCAACUUUGACAAUGCAAUGUCGCUCACAGUGUGGACCAUCCCCAUCUCCUCCCUGGACCCUGUCAUUCUGGUUGAGGGACAGUCUUUCCGCCCAGCGGCCUCCUGUCGCUCCUUGGCUCGCCCUCCGCCUCUCCUGUCCUGGGAUACGGACUUGAGCGGCCAAUCGAUCAACCGUUCAUCUGAGAACGGGGCCGUCUCCACCCAUUAUUCUCUGCACCCACUUAGAAGGAUGAACGGGAAGAAACUGGACUGUCUGGUAUGGCAUCCAACUCUCACAGGGGGCCCACGCAGGCUGCAGAACAAGCUGGUGGUACACUUUCCUCCUGACCCUGAGGUGUCAGGCUACAAUGGUGACUGGUAUGUGGACCUGGAGCAUGCAGCCCUGAGGUGUGUGAGUGGAGGAAAUCCCAAACCGCAGAUAUUCACUUGGACCAGACUGGGUGACAAGUUGCCCGAGGGUGUGAUCCCUCACCCCAACGGAACCCUUGAAUUUGGACGCCCUCUCAGCCAGUCAGACGGCGGCACCUACCAGUGCCUGGCGAGGAACGAGGUGGGGGUGGGUACAGCGGAGGUGGAGAUUCUAGUGGCAGCAGAGUCUUCCGGGAGUCAGACCAUGGCGGAGAAUACGCUGAUGAUCAUAGUGGGGGCCAUCGCUGGGGGGCUGCUCAUCUCAAUGCUGGUCAUCGUUAUCUGUGUCACCUGCCACCACAAGAAAAAGAACAAGAUGCUGAAGAGGGAGCUGACCGAGAAGAGGGAGGAAAUAAGCACUCUGUCACGCCAAGCGUCUUUCAGGAGGAUGAACUCGGUCAGCACAGAUGCAAGAGGAGCGACUGAGGAGAGCAUCCCGUUGAGGGUAGAGGGAACCUUGAGAACCAGCAUGUCUUCUCUCGGGGAGAUGGCUCAGAGCCGUGACAGCCGCUCUACUCUCUCGGGCGGGAGAGGAGCGUACGACUACCUGGGUCGACCUGUUCUUCACAACAACUCACGGAGGGGCAGAGAGCGGCCCCUGGACCGGGAUGAGGAGAGCCGAAUUAGAGUGGAAACAUAUGUGAGGAACAGCAACAUAUCUCUGCAGGAAUCCCGUCUGCAUCCACCUCUCAUCCCAUCAUCACUGCCCAUUGUCCAAUCGCCCACGGAGGUCGUCCGGCACGUCAACGGCUCUGCCGAGGGUGGCUCGAGGCCCACCAGCACCACCAGAUCCAUGCGGCACUCCUCCCUGAGCUGCAGCUACCCACCCGUGACGGACGAUGAGGACGAGGUAGACGAAGGCCUUGGGGGACCCGGCGGGCGGGAGCAUCCUGGCGACAGAGAGAGUGUGACCAGCAGCUCCCAGGUGUCUGAGGCAGGCUACCAGCUCAUAAACGGGACCAUGAGGUUAAAACCAGCUCCCAGCCCCACCGUGGUUAGCCCCCAUGCCUCCUUGGUGCACAAGGCCCAGAUUGUGUAAUGGUCACAACAUACAGUUUACGCUGAAAAACUCUUAAAAGGGGGAGUCUACACUGGACUGGACUUGAGGACAUGUACUGGGAGCUCUGUGCAGGUUCAUUUGUGGGCAGAUUGGGACUGGAUCCAAGUUGGUGUCUCCCCUCUUGCCACACCUGUGACUUCCCUCCACUUACCGUCUUACCUGAGACUCUUUUGGAUCAGAUAAAAUGUCCCUGCAUGCAGACACGAUAUGACCACUGUGAACCACGUGUGGUCAAACUUUUACAUAUUUUGUAUAUUUCCUGUGUAUACUUUUUUAUGUAUGUGAAAAUGUGAAGUAUUACUUUGUUUGAUACAUUAUAGACAUGUUACAUAGACACACAUUUUGUAAUAAUCUGUAUCCCAUAAUAGCCGGUUGGAUUAUUUGCCUACAGCGCCAUCUAGUGUGCAGUACGGUGCAAGACAUACGGUAUUUUUUAUUUAUCUAUUGGACAAAAGCCCCAAUUUCCAUUACCUGGGGAUGUGUUCAGGGGUUAUAUUUCAAGUGUGAAUAAACUACAUGUGACGAUUUUUACAACAAUUAUGUCUCUUUUCA